AUGUGUGAUAAAAGGAAAAGGUUUAACUCUGCUUUGACUUUUGAAGAAUUUGUUGAUUAUCAUAAUCAAUUACCAGAAACUCCUUAACUUAAGUAAUACUCAACAUUAAUAUUUAGACCAAUUAAGCAGUCCACUUUCUAUAUACCAGAUUUAGAUUUAGCCAAUGAUGUCUGUUAAAAUUAGUUAAAUAUUCCUUUAUAAACAAUUUUGGAAGAAGAACUCACAAGUCCAAAAGAAAUAAUGAAAACAAAAAAGUCAAUUAGAAAAAGAUAAAGGUUCUUCAGUGAAAAUUCUCAAUACUCAGUAAUUAAUAUAUUGGAGAGAAAACUAUAGAAAAAGAAAUCUUUCAUCCCUACUCCUUAGAAUUAUGAUUCACUCUCUCAACCAAUCAUGAUUUGA